AAAGCGGCGGACACGGCGACCGACCGACCCACGUCCGAAAUUUCCGAAAAUCUAAAACCGCGAGUGUCCGCUAAUUUCCCCGGUGGCCAGCCGUUAACCAUAACCGGCAAAGUGGCCCAACGGUGUUCGUGAGUGGAGAGAGAAAAGGCGCGUGUAGCGGGGGCAGAACAACCGGCCCCAACACCCACGAUGGCUUCUGAUGAGGAAAUCGACGAGUCAAUCGCCGAGGAGGAAGGUGGGGCAAUGGAUGAAACGGCGGACGCUUCGCUAGCGGCCGAUGCCGAGGACGCGUCGGACGAGGAGGCGAACGCGAAAAGCAACGCGCAGCAGGACGAGGACGAUGAUUACGAGCCGGAGGACAGCCGCAAGAAGAAGAAGGGCAAAAAACGUAAGGCACGCAGCAGCGACGAGAAGCGGGGCCGGAAGAAGAAAAAGCGCAAGAAGAACGAUAGCGGUGACGAGAGCGAUCAGAAGCAGAGCGAUGACGGUGGCAGUUCAUCGGCCGCGGCGGCGGCGGCUGCAGCAGCUGCCGCAGCAGCUCAGGCCGAAUCGGACUACGAAUCGCGUCCGAAGCGAGGUCGUGACCGCAAGAAGGGUAGCAGUGGAAGCAGUAGCCGCAGCGAAUCGGACAAGAAGGCCGCGGCAGCGGCGGCGGCGGCGGCUGCCGCAGCUGCUGCAGCGGCAGCAGCAGAGGAAAAGGAGAAGAUGCCCUCGAUCCAGGAAGUGUGCAGUUCGUUCGAUCUGACCGACGUGAAGAUCGAGUACACGGAGGACGAUUUCGAGAAUUUGGUCACGUUCAAGAUGUUCCAGACACAUGUCCGGCCGAUACUGCAGAAGGAGAACCCGCGGGUACCGACCGCCAAGCUGAUGAUGCUGGUCGCGGCCAAGUGGCGCGAGUUCUGUGCCCAGAAUCCUAACAUCCCUAGCGAAGAUGCGACUGGUGCAGGGGAGGACGAGGCACCUGGCACACCGGAGUACGUGCCAAAGUCGAGCCGAUCGCGCAGCAAGACCGAGAACAAGCAUGACGAUAUGGUGUACGAUGAUGAGGAGGAAGAGGAAGAGGAGGAGACACUGGAGCGGGAACGGUCGCAACGCAAGAGCAGCAAGAAGGCCAGCAAAAGUGGUGGGAGCAGUAGUGGUGGAAGUAGCACUCGGAAGAGUAGCGGCGGUGGUGGUAGCAGCAGCAGUAGCCGAAAGCAGAAGGUCCCAACACUGAAAAUCAAGUUCGGGAAACGCAAGAACGCUAGUUCGGACGAGGAGCAGGAUGCGAGUGGUGCUUCGGAGCGUGAUUCGGAUGCGGAGUUCGAGAAGAUGCUGCAGCAAUCGGAGGAAAUGCCCGAGAAACCGGAGCGUGGUGAGUCUUCUUCCGGUGCUGGUGGUGCUGGUAGCUCAACGGCUGCCACUGCCGGUGGUGCGGAGGGUGAUCCAUCCUCGGAUCAGCCACCGGUGCGUAAGAAGGCCAAAACCAAAAUCGGAAACAAGUCGAAGAAGAAGAGCAAGGCCAAGAAAAGUAAAUUCUCGGCGGACGGUGGCGAGGAGGGUGAGCACGAGCAUCAGGAUUACUGUGAAGUGUGUCAGCAGGGAGGUGAGAUCAUUCUGUGCGAUACCUGCCCCAAGGCGUACCAUCUGGUGUGUCUUGAUCCGGAACUCGAGGAUACACCGGAGGGCAAGUGGUCUUGUCCGACGUGUGAAGCGGAAGGACCGGCCGAUGAGGAUGAUGAUGAACAUCAGGAGUUCUGCCGCAUCUGCAAGGACGGUGGUGAGCUGUUGUGCUGCGAUAAUUGUCCCUCGGCGUAUCAUACGUUCUGUCUGAACCCACCGCUCGAUGACAUUCCGGAUGGGGAUUGGCGCUGUCCGCGCUGCAGUUGUCCACCGUUGCCCGACAAGGUGCAGAAGAUACUGACCUGGCGCUGGACCGACAAACCGGUACCGGGGUCUACGGAAGAUCCUAAAGGACCUCAACAGCCGACCCGUCGCCGGGAGUACUUCGUGAAAUGGGCCGAAAAGUCGUAUUGGCAUUGCGAUUGGAUUACGGAGUUGCAGCUAGACGUGUACCAUCCGCUAAUGUUCCGCUACUAUACGCGCAAGUACGAUAUGGAGGAACCACCCAAGCUGGAGGAGGCUCUCGAUGAGCAGGAUAACCGUUAUAAACGUAUCCAGCGUAUGCGCGAAGGCGGUGCGGACAUUAACGAGACCGAGCUGGAGGAGAAAUUCUACCGGUACGGCGUGAAGCCCGAGUGGUUGAUGGUGCACCGUGUUAUCAAUCAUCGGACGAUGCGCGAUGGCCGGACGCUAUACUUGGUGAAGUGGCGUGAGCUACCAUACGAUGCGGCUACCUGGGAGGACGACGAGGAUGACAUUCCGGGACUGAAGAUGGCCAUCGAGUACUAUAUGGAUCUGCGCGCCAACUGCUCGCAGGACAUUGGUGGUGGUAGCUCGGGCGGUGGUAGCGGUAGCAGCAGCAGCAAGAAGAGCAAGAAGAAGGGCCGCCGCCGAGUGCGUGAACUAGAGGAAGAGGAACGUACGGUGGGACUGAAGCGCUACACGCCUCCUCCCGAGAAACCGACGACGGAUCUGAAGCGCAAGCUCGAAGUACAACCACCGUAUCUGGACGAAACCGGCAUGCGACUGCAUCCGUAUCAGCUCGAGGGCAUCAACUGGUUGCGCUACUCGUGGGUCCACGGUACCGAUACGAUCCUGGCCGAUGAGAUGGGUCUGGGUAAGACGAUUCAGACGGCCACCUUCCUGUACUCGCUCUACAAGGAGGGACACUGCAGGGGUCCGUUCCUAGUGGCCGUACCCCUGUCGACGAUCAUCAACUGGGAGCGCGAGUUCGAAACGUGGGCACCCGAUUUCUACUGCAUUACGUACGUCGGCGACAAGGAGUCGCGUGCGGUAAUCCGCGAAAACGAGCUCUCGUUCGAGGAAGGUGCUGUUCGCGGUGGCAAGGCAUCACGCAUCCGUGCUAGCUCGAUCAAGUUCAAUGUGCUGCUGACGAGCUACGAGUUGAUUACGAUCGAUGCGGCCUGUCUGGGGUCUAUCGAUUGGUCGGUGCUGGUGGUGGACGAGGCCCAUCGGCUCAAAUCGAACCAGAGCAAGUUCUUUAAGGUGCUGAACGGUUAUAACAUUGCAUACAAGCUACUGCUCACCGGUACACCGCUACAGAACAACCUGGAGGAGCUGUUCCAUCUGUUGAACUUCCUCAACAAGAACAAAUUCAACGAGCUGGCCGAGUUCCAGAGCGAGUUCGCCGAUAUCUCGAAAGAGGAGCAGGUGAAGCGAUUGCACGAAAUGCUUGGACCACACAUGCUGCGUCGUCUAAAGGCGGAUGUGCUGAAGAACAUGCCGACCAAGUCGGAGUUUAUCGUGCGCGUGGAGCUGUCGCCACUGCAGAAGAAGUACUACAAGUACAUACUGACGCGCAACUACGAGGCGUUGAAUCCGAAGGGCGGUGGCGGUGCCUGUUCGCUCAUUAACAUCAUGAUGGAUUUGAAAAAGUGCUGCAACCAUCCAUACCUGUUUGCGGCCGCCGCAGAGGAAGCAACGCUUGGUCCUGGUGGUAACUACGAGCUGCAGUCGCUGACAAAGGCUGCCGGCAAGCUGGUGCUGUUGGAGAAGAUGCUGAAGUUGCUGAAAUCGCAGGGUCAUCGAGUGUUGAUCUUCUCGCAGAUGACGAAGAUGUUGGAUAUCCUGGAGGAUUUCCUCGAGGGGCUUGGGUAUAAGUACGAGCGCAUUGACGGUGGCAUCACGGGCAGUAUCCGUCAGGAGGCGAUCGAUCGUUUCAAUGCACCCGGGGCACCGCAGUUUUGCUUCCUCCUUUCGACGCGCGCCGGAGGUCUCGGUAUUAAUCUGGCCACGGCUGACACGGUCAUCAUUUACGAUUCCGAUUGGAAUCCGCACAACGACAUACAGGCGUUCUCGCGUGCCCAUCGUAUUGGACAGGCGAACAAGGUGAUGAUCUAUCGGUUCGUGACGCGUAAUUCGGUUGAGGAGCGAGUCACGCAGGUGGCCAAGCGUAAGAUGAUGCUCACGCAUCUGGUCGUACGGCCCGGCAUGGGUGGAAAGGGCACGAACUUCACGAAGCAGGAGCUGGACGAUAUUCUGCGAUUCGGAACGGAGGAGCUGUUUAAGGAGGAUGGCAAAGAUGAGGAGGCUAUCCAUUACGACGAGAAGGCGGUGGCGGAGCUGCUCGAUCGGUCGAACAAGGGUGUAGAGGAGAAGGAGAACUGGGCGAACGAGUAUCUGUCGUCGUUCAAGGUGGCCUCCUACUCAACGAAGGAAGACGUCGAGGAAGAGGCAGAAACGGAGGUCAUCAAGCAGGAGGCCGAAAACUCGGAUCCGGCCUACUGGGUGAAGCUGUUACGACACCACUACGAACAGCACCAGGAGGACUUGUCGCGAACGCUUGGCAAGGGCAAGCGUGUCCGGAAGCAGGUCAACUACACGGACGGGGGCGUCAUCCAGACGGAUCCGGUGAAGGAAGAUUCUACCUGGCAGGAGAACGUGUCCGAUUACAACAACUCCGAUUAUUCGGGCGCUUCGGAUGAGGAUCGCGAUGAGGAUGACGAGGAGAGCGAACUGGGACGGCGCAGCCGUCGGCGUAUCGAGCGAAAGGAAGCGGAACGCGACAACCGGCCUCUGCCACCGUUGCUGGCACGCGUUGGUGGUAACAUUGAGGUGUUGGGCUUCAAUGCGCGGCAGCGCAAGAGCUUCCUCAAUGCGAUCAUGCGCUACGGGAUGCCACCUCAGGAUGCCUUCCAUUCGCAGUGGUUGGUGCGUGAUUUGCGCGGCAAAUCGGAACGCAUUUUCAAAGCAUACGUGUCACUCUUCAUGCGUCAUCUGUGUGAGCCGGGUGCGGACAAUGCGGAAACGUUUGCGGACGGUGUACCCCGGGAGGGUCUCUCGAGGCAGCACGUGCUGACCCGCAUCGGCGUGAUGUCGUUGAUCCGCAAGAAGGUGCAGGAAUUCGAGCACAUCAAUGGGUACUACAGUAUGCCAGAGCUGAUCAAGCGUCCCUGCGAACCCGUGAAAGCCCCGCAGCAAAUGUUGGUAGCCGCCGGUGCGUCUGGACUUCCCGCGAUCGCGGGUACCUCAGGCACAGCAGCGCAGCAGGGCGUCACCGAAGGAGGAGUAGCUACGACGGCUUCCACAUCCGCUGCUACCGCUGCUAGUGAAACACCGAAAUCGGCUACGACGAGCACGAGUGCCACACCCGCCACCAGUGCCGCUCCGAGUCCGGCGCCGAAUGCUGCGGCCACAGGUGAUAAGGAGGACGAACCUCAGACUGACAAGGAAGGAAAAGAUGACAAGAAGGUAGCGGAGGAUGCAACCACCACCGUUGGGGAAGACGGUCCUGCGAAGAAAGAAGGCACGACUGCCGGUUCCGAGGCGGACAAGAAGCCAACCGAUGCUAAUGAGGAGGGAGCAGACGGUGACGGAGAGAAGAAGAAAGAGGAGAGUACCGGCGGUGGCGCCGCUGCAAAGGACGAACCGAUGGAAGUCGGUGAUGACGAUGGCGAUAAGCCCAAGCGGCCAGCAGCCGAUGAUGGUGCGGUGAAGAAGGAAGAGCCAGGUACGGCCGAAGGUGAGAAGAAGGUAAAAUCAGAAACGUCGGAUGCAGCUCCGCUUGAGUUAAAGAAGGAAUCGACGACGGAUGUGAAGAGUGAGAAGCAGGAGGAAGACAAGAAGCCAGCAGUGGCCGCUGCUGGUGAAGCGAGCAGCAGCGGAGUUGGUGAAGAUGGUGCUACUGCUGGAGCUGCUGAGAAGGCGGCACCGAAGAAAGAAGAACCACCGUCCUCGUCGGGUGCAGGCAACGACGACGACGAUGAUGACGAUGAUGAGGUGAAGAUCGUCGAAGUCAGUAGUGCGGUUCCGGCCAAGAAAGAAACCGACGUAAAACCCACGACCGUAGCACCACCGGUUGCCCCAACGACAAACACCACCACCACUACCACCACGAUCGACGACGAUGAUGAUGACGAUGAUGUGGUGAUUGUGAAGGAUGAUGACGAGGAAAUUGUACGAAAGCCGGAACCGGUUAAGGAGAACCUGGAGGUACACAAGCGCGCCUUCAUGUUUAACAUUGCGGACGGUGGCUUCACCGAGCUGCACACACUCUGGAUUAACGAGGAGAAAGCAGCGGUACCGGGGCGUGAGUACGAGAUCUGGCACCGUCGGCACGAUUAUUGGCUACUGGCCGGUAUCGUAACGCACGGGUACGGCCGAUGGCAAGACAUCCAGAACGACAUACGGUUCGCGAUCAUCAACGAACCAUUCAAGAUGGAUGUUGGCAAGGGAAACUUCCUGGAAAUUAAGAAUAAGUUCCUUGCUCGUCGCUUCAAGCUGCUCGAGCAAUCGCUGGUGAUCGAGGAACAGUUGCGCCGGGCAGCACUUCUCAACCUGGCCCAGGAUCCGGCCCAUCCGGCGAUGGCAUUGAACGCGCGCUUUGCUGAGGUCGAGUGUCUGGCCGAAUCGCACCAGCAUCUAAGCAAGGAGUCGCUCGCGGGCAACAAACCGGCCAAUGCUGUGCUGCACAAGGUGCUGAACCAGCUCGAGGAGCUGCUGUCGGAUAUGAAGUCUGAUGUAUCGCGGCUACCGGCUACCCUAGCCCGUAUUCCACCCGUCGCCCAGCGGCUGCAGAUGUCGGAGCGUUCGAUCCUGUCCCGAUUGGCAGCAACCGGCAAUACGGUGCAGCAGAAUCCUCCCCUUUCUCAGUUCCCACAGGGGUAUCAAGGCACGACACUGCCCGGAUUUGCGGCUGCAGCCGCCGCCAACUUUGCCACCUUCCGGCCCACCUUCUCAGUACCCGGACAGCCGGCCAACUUCCCGAGUGGUGGCGGUUCCGGUGGCUCGGGCUCGAGCAAAUAAAUGCUGCAUAGUGACGACAACGUUGUCGCGGCGCUCUCGCGUGGGUAAAAAAUUCUCUCGAUCAACUCAAAUGGCCGACGAUGCUUAUCGAUGCUAUCAAUUCCGUUCCACGGUUCGCGGUAUUGCGUACCGAACGGGAAAGAUAAUCCUUCUCUGCAAUGUGGAGGACGGGGGUAUCAAUGUAAUGUAUCAUUUUCUGUGUCAAGAGGACGACGUUCUCGUUCCCUCGCACUGGGCGAUUCGAUCUAGAAUUAAAAUAUCUCCUUUUUUAAUCUAUUCUAUCGUAAGAAGUAAGCAAAAAGCAAGUAAUCAUACAUUCACACAUUCACAUACACACAAACACGUAAGAAGAACCGACAAACACUAUUGCACAUAAUAACGGACAGUUUGAAGUUGCGCGAACGCAGAAGUCUGUUUAAGGUUUAAACACUAGAACUUGGAUUACGGUUUAACAUAAGUUUUCAGUGUGAGAUAACGUGAGCAGAAGUGGUGGUGUGGUUGGAUUACUUGAACCUAUACAGUGUGGAAGAAAGGGAUUACGGAUAAGUUGGUUAAGUGAAUAAUAUGAAUAGCAGCCUCUGCAGCAACAACAACAAAAAAAGUAGUAAAAAACAUUAAAAAAACAAUCCAAA